GGGAAUUUAAUCCCCCGACAGCGCCUCGCACGGGCUGCGUGCUUUGCCCUGCUGCCGGCGCGACAGGCACCCCUGCGGCCAUCGAUUGCUCUCACGAGCCCUGCCCUUUUGGCGCCUGCCCUGGCUGCCCGCUCGGCUCUAUACAUAUAGCUCCGCCACCCCGGCGCAAAGGCGAGCAAAAGCCGGCCGAGCAGAGGCAGCUAGCGCAAGAAAGCGUCGUGCCGUGCGUGCCCAGAGCGCAAACCACCGGGGAGCAGAGAGAGAGAGAGAGGCGGCAGGGUUGAUGGCGGAGGUGGAGAGGAAGGCGCCGCGGAGGGAGGAGGAGCUGGUGGAGGCGGCGCUGGCGGCGGCCGCGGCCGCGCUGUUCGUGUCCGGGGUCAAGAGCCUGGCGCCGGCCGUGCUCGUGGACCGCUGGUGGUGGCCCCUGCCCGCGCAGGUGCUCGCCGCGGCGCCGUCGCCCGUCCUCUUCCUGCUCCUCAACGUCCUCGUCGCCUGCAUCGUCGUGGUGUCCGUGCAGCCGGCCAAGCGAGCGGCCGCGGCGGCGGCGACGGGCGCCGUCGCUGCGGAGGUGGCGCCGGCGGGCGACGGCGCGGCGAAGAAGCUGAAGAAGAGGCGGAGCAGCAAGAGGCGCGGGGACGGAGCCGAACCGGCGGUUCUUGCGCCCGCGCCACCCUACGUCGCGGCCGACCGCUGCAUGGCGCUGGUGGUUGACCGCGGCAUCGUGAUGGCGCCGACGGGCGGAGAAGAAGAAGAAGAAGAAGGAGCCGCCGGCGACGCGGCGGAGGUGGACAGGCGCGCGGAGGAGUUCAUUUCGGCGUUCCGGCACCGCCUCAGGGUCGACUCCUUCUCGUCUCGCCGCGGGGAAGCCGGCGACGCGGCGGCGCGAGCCAUCAGCGGCACCGCGCCGUGCUUUUGACCCCGAGCCUGCAUGCACCUCGCAGCUCAUGCGCUCGCGGACCCUGUUUUGCUCAAAUCGCAGUUAGUUUCUUUCGCUUUCUUGAUUGUUCUUCUUCUUGCUCUGUGAUCCGAGCAAGUGAGCUGUAGCUACCACUGGCACUUUGACACCAACUGGUUGGAUGAAUCUUCAAGCAUGCUAUGCUUGCUUGGUGUUCUGAAGAAAUACGCAUGAGAAUCUGUAGACAUUUCUUCUGGCCGGAGUAGUAAAUUAUUCUUGGAUAAUAGUACUGUACAAGUCAUGACAUGGCACGACAAGAAUGCGUGUGCACAUUGCAAUAAAAUACUUCUCAUGUGCGCUGAAACA